UAUAACACAAAAAUGAAGAAUCUUGAAAAAUUUAUCCACCACCACCCCCCUAAAUGGUAGUGUUGUAGUACUGAAUUUGAAAUUAUUUUCACAGUGAGUUGUGUUACAAGAGGCAGAACAACAGAAUAAUUAAGCAAAUGAAGAUAGUGGUAAGGAGUAUGGAAACAGGAUGGAAGAACAAACAGGCUGGUUUUUCCAACGUGUUGUGGAGGGAAAAAGCCACAAAUGUAAAAAUUACUCUUUCCCUAUGAUUUGCCUGAAAGAAUACUUAAAGAAUUUCAAUAAGCUUAAAUGGUACAAUUCAAGCUACCUUGUAAUUAAAAAUUUAUAGCUAAAUCGUACAGAGAGUUCUGUAUGAUUUUCAGGAGUACAGUGCCUAUAAUGAAAAAUAUUUUAUUAUAUUCCUGCUUAGGCCAUAAAUAAAACAUUCAUCUUACUGGAACUGCCAGAGAAACUUGAGACUGUCGGGCUUGCUCCUUUUUUGUAGUUUUGAUUUGGUGGGAGGGUUACUGGAAGUCUUGUACACUUGGUGUUUGCUCUCUUGAUCUCUACUUCUACCUUCAGUCUCCUUCUAGGUCUUUCUCAGUAUGCUUGAGGUUUGGUAGGAUUUUUUUCUGUGUUGGUUUUUUUUGUGCUUUUAGUGGGUUUAUUUGGUCCCCUACCUUCCCCCUUAUUUUUAGGUACUGUCGUCUGUAGGCAAUUCAUUUCAGUGGCAGCAGCUGUUGGAACUAAACCUUUGCUUUAGGUAGGUUUUCCUGUUUCCAAAUGAAAAAUGCUGUCAUGUCUUUCACACUUUACUGUGUACUAAACACUUAGCAAGGUGUGGUAGAGCUAAAACGGUUUUCUCCAGACCCUUUAGUCCUUCUUCUUCCUUGGUCACUUUGAAAAACCACAGAUUUAUACAUUAAUCAAUUAGAGCCAUUAAUGAUGUCUUAUGCUUGACCUUUGACCUCUCUGUAGAACUAUGUGCUUAGGCUACAGCAUGCCAGUUUUUUCUAUAGCGGCUGGUAUUUACUCCUUCUUUCUUAUACACACAGCUGAAGUUCAUCUGAAAACAUUUAUCUUUCAAGUUCACAAAAAAAAUUACUGAGCGCUGCCAUGAAUCCAUUCUUCUUGUUUAUUGCAGUGUUCCAUACCCAUAUGACUUCUUCAUUAAGAAAAAUACAGUAUGAAAAUCAUUCUCAGAAUAGUAUGUUUCUAUUGGCCUGUUUAUAUUUAUUUCUAAGAUGGAGAGUGUAAAAGUCACUGUGAGUAGAGUCAAGAAUUAGGAAGAUGUAAUGAUAGCCUAGUAGAACCUUGAGCAGCUGACUGACUUCCUAUGAUGAUAAACCCUGCUGGGAAGCUAAAUAGGACCUGUUUGAGAAAACAGAGAAAUGAAACUGAGGUGAUGGAUUUACUUAAGCUUUGGCAGUGAAUCAAAAGGCAUUUUGUAGAUAUAUACGCUCUUUAUGAAAUAAAAAAUCUCUAGGCAGAAAUUUUUUUCAAAUGGUUAUUGAUAAUUACGUGUAAAUAUGCUAAGAUUUCUAAAUGCUGUUUAAUAAAUCCUGUAUUUCUUGUGGCUUUUAAGUAUGCUUUCAGUUAGCAGCGUGCACCUUUCUUGAUCUAAUUGCAGCUGAGCAGGCACAAAGUGAAAUUCAGUGAAGUGACAUGCAUAAUUGUGUGUCAGCUGGUACAGGAUGUUCUGCUUGAUAUUUACUUGCUGCACUGCUCUCACAUUUCAAAAUUCAGCCAAAAACGAACACUAACAUUGCUCUCAUAGUCAGCGUGUCACGCAGAAGCUCCACGUGUAUGUACCGUUUGGUCAGGAACAUGAGGCUGUGCAAUACUGAGACGUGGUUUUGAGAGGCUUCUAGAAUGAUGGUUGAAUCUUUCUGCUCCAAAAGAUCAAGAUUAAAUAAUGUGGUUGAUACAGUUGAAGACAGUAACUUCAUAUUAAAGAAUGGAUCUGUGGUGAUUGGAGCUUCUGCCAGUACUUAAUGCUCUUUUGGAAAUCUGAAAGGAUAGCCCUACAUAUGAAGAGAUGACGUGUAAUGUCUCAGAUAACCUGGAAGCUUGUGCUACUCCAGACACUGACCAUGAUCAAGAAUGGGCUCAGGAACACUACCGACUAGGAACUUUUGUUGAAUUUCCACUUGGCUGUCCAGUUUCAGCGUCGGCACUAGCACGAGCUGGCUUUGUUUAUACUGGAGAAGGUGACAAAGUGAAGUGCUUUAGUUGCUGUACAAUUAUCGAAGGAUGGGCAUCUGGGGAUUCUGCAGUUGAGAGACACAAAAAGCUUUCCCCAAACUGCAAAUUUAUUACCGAAUCUGCUUUUCUGGAGAAUAACAUACAUCCUCUUGCCCAGAACUACCAGCAUAGAACUGAAAAUGGUUCCAGCAAUUCAGCCCUCCCGUGUACUCUGGAUGACACAUCUGAUGUGGAGGCAGAUUACCUGUUGAGAACUAGGCAGGUUGUGGAUAUGUCAGAUAAUUUGUAUCCUAAAAACCGUGCUAUGUGCAGUGAAGAAACAAGAUUAAAGUCUUUUGACAGCUGGCCCCUUGAUGCUCAGUUGACACCAAAGGAAUUGGCUAAUGCUGGAUUCUAUUAUACAGGUGUUGGUGAUCAAGUAGCAUGUUUUUGCUGUGGUGGAAAAUUGAAAAAGUGGGAACCCAGCGACAGAGCUUGGUCAGAACACAAGAGGCAUUUUCCCAACUGCUUUUUUGUCUUGGGCUGGGAUGUUGGAAAUGUUCCAGGUGAAUCUGUUCCCACUGAGCUUGAGAGAGGUGGUGUGAACAAUGCACAGCAUCCAAGGAAUCCAUCUAUGGCAAAAUACGGAAGACGUUUACAAACAUUUUUAACUUGGAUAUAUCCUGUUGAUAAAGAGCAACUUGCUGAAGCUGGGUUCUAUAGCACAGGUAAUGGUGAUCACGUUGUGUGUUUCCACUGUGGUGGAGGAUUGCAAGAAUGGAAGGAAAAUGAAGACCCAUGGGAUCAACAUGCCAAAUGGUUUCCUGGGUGCAGAUUUGUGGGAAAGAAAAAGGGGCUAGAAUUUAUAAAUAACGUUCACUUAAGAGAUGGAUGUAGGGAUUCAACAACAGAAGCUGCUGAAGGGACGAUACUUUCUAAAGAUGAUCUCUUACAGAAUCCUUUGGUACAAAGUGCCAUAGACAUGGGUUUCAGUUUGUCUGAGAUUAGGAACACCGUGGAAAAGAGAUUGCAGAUGUCUGGAGAAAGUCAUACAUCUGUUGAGGAUCUGGUAGCAGAUUUAAGUGCUCAGAAAGAACAUACAAGGGAAGAAGAACCAAAUGAAAUCCCAGUUGAGCAAGAUGAGCUUAUUCAAUUGCAAAACCUCUAUCUCAGUACUGAAGAGAAGUUAAGGCGCUUGCAGGAAGAAAAGCUUUGUAAAGUCUGUAUGGCUAAAGACAUAUCAGUUGUCCUCAUUCCCUGUGGUCACCUAGUUGCCUGUAAGGAAUGUGCUGAAGCACUUAAUAAAUGCCCUCUGUGUCGUACAAAUAUUAUGAAAAGACAGGAAAUUUUUAUGUAUUAGUGAAAUAUAAAACACUGUGGAUGCCAACAUUUCCUGCUUUGUGUAAUGUAAUGUAAAAAAUGCAGUUAAUUCCAGGAUGUAAUCAUAUGGCAGCAUUUAGAUUUUUCUACUCUCAGACUCUACAUAUAACAUUAAAAAAAUAUUUUCCUUAAAUAAAUUUUUUGUAUGUAAAAACCAACAUUGAAAGGCAAAUAUAUUCUGUAACUUCAGUUCAUGCACGUGAUUUGGGAAAGCCUAAGUAAUGCAAAUCUUUAUGCGAUCGUUCCUUUGCUUCACUUUGGUAGGACUCUGUAUGACUGAAGUUUAUGCGAAUACAGUUGUAUAAAGAGUCUGGCCCUAGAUACAAUUUGUAAAUAAGUGAGGUUAAAAAAUUAUGUACAUGUGUAUUAUAUCUGAGAUUUUUAGCUUCUCCAAUGUCAUGUAAGAGUGAGAAUGUUACCUUAUUUCUGUAACUUUAGUUGUGACAUAAUUCAGAGAAUAUGUGUAAACUUGCUGCUGCAAUAUUUCACCUUGUUUGCCACUACUACUUUGUAAGUUUGUCCGGUUUGAUAUGUAAUUCCUGUCUCCCCAUUUAUUUUUUUCUGUUUUAGAUGUAUAAAUUGGCCUCAGUAAACUGAUUUUAGCUAUCUGUUCUUCACAAAAAUCCCUCUGUAUAUAAAAUGUACAUUGAUUUCACUCCAUAAAAGAGAACUCAACUGAAAUUAAGGAGAUUUUACAUACCUUGUGGUCUCAUUUUAAACUUGCCCCCUUACACAAAAAGGUGGUCAUUGUUUGAUUUUCUUUCUUUUUUUUAACAUCAUCCUUACUCAUUUAUCUGCUAAUCGUUUGCAGUCCUUCUGUUUGUCUCUUUUUUUAUAAGAGGGUGGUAAACUCUUAUCUCCAUGAAAAUGCUUUCUUGUUUUAAUUUAAAUUCACAAGUAAUGUUAGAAAUUUUUUUGUCCUUGUCGGUUUGCAACAUUUGCAUUAAAAAGUGAAGAACAAUUCUAGUGAGAGUCACCUUAAGAUAGUUGAAACUAUUUCUUACUGGACUAAUACUCAGUUCUCCAAUUAAAAAUCAGAGUUUUGUAUUUAAGUACAGCUGGUUUAUGAUCACUCUAAUUAUGUGACUUCCUUAUUUUGUGGAGCUACUGAUGUUCUGUGCAUAUAUUUUUCUUUGAGUCCUACACACAAAGAGAUUUAGAAUAUAGAAUAUAGUUUUUCACACUAUAAGUUUUAAAUCCAGUAGACAGAAAUCUAAUGUCUAUUCUUUAUAUUUUUUUAAAUAUGUGCUAUGAUUAUAUCUUGGUGUAAUGUUAUGAAUAUUUAAAAUAAAGUGCAACCUAGCUGUUCCUUGAUCAUCAUAGUUAAUUCUCACAUGCAAAAAAACCACCCCCAAACCCACCACCAAACAGAAGGAUGCUUUCAGUUGCUUUUUUUGUUUUGUAACUCAACUGAUACUAAUUUAACCUGAGUGUUAUUAAGGAUAAUAUAUUUUAAUUGCAGAGGAAAUAAAAUCUAUUGUUUGUAUAAAUUUAA